UAAAGACUGUGCGCACGCGCAGUUGGCAACUACUCCUUGGUCAGGCAACCGGUGAUCAUUUUUGAGAUUACUUUGUAUAGGUUAAUCGUGUAAAAUACACCUUAAAUUUCACCAUGUAUUGUGCAAGACUUUGCAAUCCAUCAGCACAGGCCAUUGUAGCCAGAAGUUCAAGACUUAUAAGGCCAGCUGCUAGUUCAGUAAGCUCUACAAAUGUUCAAGAACAAGUAAACAGACGUUCUCUAGCCACAUCAAAUGGACUUGACGGUUUUACUGCUCUUCUAACUCCAUCCAGUAGACUCGCUGGUUUUACCGCUCUCCUAACCAAAUCAAAUAAUCAGGUCUUAAGCCGUGGAUUUCAAACCUCAGCUGUUCAACAGGAUGUAGAAGCAGCUGCCAAAUUCAUUGGUGCAGGAGCUGCCACCGUAGGAAUGGCCGGAUCAGGUGCUGGUAUUGGCACAGUCUUCGGUAGUCUAAUUAUCGGUUAUGCACGAAACCCAUCAUUAAAACAACAGCUUUUCUCGUAUGCUAUCCUGGGAUUUGCCUUGUCUGAGGCUAUGGGUCUUUUCUGUUUGAUGGUGGCUUUCCUCAUCCUAUUUGCGAUGUAAUUUGUGCAUAUGAACAGUUUGAAUCUACCAGAGAGUGUUAAGGCAAUUUUGAUUAGAGCUGUGUUCACCAAAGAACGUCAGUUUGAAAUGCAGAUAACUAGAGAUUUACCGAAAAAAUUGAAUUAAAAUAAUAUCUUGUUCUGUCUUAAAAGAAAUUUUAUUAUAAAAUCUACACUUUGUCACCAAAUAUAUAUUAAAACUGCCAGUUGUAAUCUAUAAUUUCCAUUGAGGCUAAACUGACCUUCAGGGUAACUUUACUACUUGCUAUUCACAUUAUCUCUUAUAUAGAAAUAUCAAGUCUUGAGUAGUAGACAUAUGCCCCCCUAGACCAAAUCAUCAGUCCUGUGUGUUACAAGUUUGGUUUGGUUUUUUUCUGUUAAUUGUGGUUAGUCAUAGUAUCUCCUGGGACAACAAUUGACUCUUAUCCACAAUGCAAACAGUUCUAUAUAAGAGUGUUGAUAACCAAUAAAUACUUAUUAAAAUUAAA